AUGUCGACCAGCCUUCUAUCCACGCACCGUUCAGGUCCCCCGGGCCAUCCGGCACCCGACGCCGACACCCUCCGCACAACCUUUGCCCUCGCCAUGUCCGCCAUGUACAAGGCCGAAGUCCCCCUCUACGGCGACCUCAUCCAAAUCGUCCAAACCAUCAACAAAGAAUCCCAAACCAAAAAGCGCCACGGGGGGCCGGGGGGGCACGUCUCGGCCUCCGCAACAAUGGAAGCCAGCAUCGAGCGCCUAACCCUCGAGCGGCACGGCGCAAUCCGUCUCGGCACCCCGCAAGAACUCCACACCGUCCGCCGCAUCUUCGCCCUCCUCGGCAUGCACCCCGUCGGCUACUACGACCUCUCCGUUGCCGGCCUGCCCAUGCACGCGACCUGCUUCCGCCCGACGUCGACGCAGUCUCUGGAACGCAACCCCUUUCGCGUCUUCACCACGCUGCUCCGGCCCGAGCUGCUCAAAUCCGGGAGGGCGAGGGCGGUCGCUCUGGAGUUACUCGCGAUACGCAACAUCUUUAGCGAUGCCCUGUUGGAGCUCUUGAGCACGGCCGAGGAAGUUCAGGAUGGUCGGCUGACGACGGAGCAAGGGGAGCGGUUUGUGGUUGAGGCGAUUCGCACAUUUAGCUGGCAGCCCCUGGCGGCGGCUUCGCAUGAAGAAUACGCUCUUUUGCGGAGCGAGCAUCCCAUCUUGGCGGAUAUUGCGUGCUUCCGCUCGUCGCAUAUCAAUCACCUCACGCCGAGGGCUCUGGAUAUCAAUGCCGCGCAGGAGGCUAUGCUCGCCGCGGGUAUGGCGGUCAAGAGCCGCAUCGAGGGCCCGCCGGUGCGCAAAUGCCCGGUUCUGUUGCGCCAGACGAGUUUCCUUGCGCUGCAGGAGGGUAUUCGAUUCGCUGUUUCGGGAAGAGACGAGUUUGUGGAUGGGUUCCACAAGGCUCGGUUUGGUGAGAUUGAGGAGAGGGGAGCUGCCGUUACGCCUGCGGGUAGAAAGCUGUAUGAUGAGCUUCUAGAGGAGGCUAUGGCCACGGCACAAGCAGCCGGAGCGUCAUCUGAUACGAAAGCUGUGGACGAGACCUUUGCCAAGGUCUUUGAAAAGUUUCCCGAUGACUGGGAUGAGCUGCGGCGACAAGGCCUCGUGUUCUCGGAAUAUCGAUGCGCAGAAAAUGCCAAAGAGAAGCUGCACAGCUUAGCAGGUUUCGAUACAGCGGAUCCUGCAUCUCUCUUGGAUCGAUUGGUUUCCGAGGGCGUACUUGAGGCAGUGCCUAUUACGUAUGAAGACUUUUUACCUUUUUCGGCAGCCGGGAUCUUUCAGUCAAACAUCCAGUCCGGGGCCAGCUCAAGUGAGUCUACGAUAGAUCACGAGGAGUCGAUACGACCGGAUGUGAAAGGGUACGAGAGGGCUUUGGCGAGAGACAUUCUUGAUGCAAACGAUUUGUAUGCGCAGGCUCAGAUGAAGAGUUUGCAGACCUGCGCUGGGGAGCUUGGUUUGAGUUUGGAUAUGAUUCCACGACUUUGA